AUGAGGCAGCGGCACAGCAGCCGCAAGAAGGGGAGAAUACCCACAAGAAAUGGUGGCGAAACAAAUAGGAAGAAAAACCCUUUACUGAAUAGCCAGAUUACGGGGUACGAUUCUGAGAAGCCCAGAGAAGAAACAGAAUAUCAAGCUUUCUAUCCUGAUUUGGACAUCAAAGAACCAUUGAGCGUAUACAUUGUCAAAUCUCUGGAUGCUGAUUUCGAAGAGUCUGGGUCACAACAACCACAAAAACAACCAUUACCAGAAACACUGCCCGGAGAUAUUAAAAAGAGGAUUGAAUUGUCUAACGGAAAUUUAACUCAAAAUGAAAAGCGGCAGUUAAUGAAAGCCAUCAUGCCAAAACCACCGUUACAACUCUUUAUUAAGGAAUUAUUGCAAUUUAGUGACGAAUCAGAAGUUUCAUCUCAUUCAAAAGUACCCACAAAGACAAAAGCAGAGUUGUAUGCAUCUUUUAGGAAAAUUGCUACACCAAAAUCCAAUAAGAGAGGUCUUGAAGAUUCCGAUGAAGCUGAUACUUACACCAUCUACAAUAAAAAGAAGAAAUUUUUCAACUACAUUGAAGAGGAAAAGCAGCGACAGGAGAAUACUCAACUAAAGGAAACCAACGGGGUACCCCGCCAGUGCCCGGACCUAUCUUCAUCAACCCCAAGCUCAAGAACCCUGGAAAGUGUAUCGUCAACACCCAAUUCUUCUAUUGAUUUCCAAAACCCAUUAAUGGGUAAGGUUUUGGGCUCAAGCUUAUUGUCAUCAGGUGGCAUAAGAGAUGAAAAUUGUGUCAAUAGAAAUUGUGGUCAUCAACAACUUGUAAAUAAUAAUCCACCAACGGAAAGUGCUAUUCGCCAUCCUUAUUUUACACCCCAAAUAAUUCCUAGACCAUCAUUGGAUUUGAUUUUAGAAAGAAAUCCAAACUUGAUUUAUCAACAAAGUCGAAUCAUUACAGAAACAUAUUUCAAGAAAAUUAAGAAAGCAAGCUUUGAUAUAUCCUCUAAUGCAAAUUUACUUAAUUCAUAUUUAUCCAAUGCAAAUUUCAAAUUGCCUAACAAUGAAUCGUUUGAGGAAUUGAGAAAAGAAAACCAGAUAACCAAGAGUUGUGAAUUGUCGGAAAACAACGAUGACGACGCCGUUGGUGGUAUUGAACCAUCAUGUAAACUGCUAUCCACUCUAAAUCCAAAUAUUCAAAAAAGCGAAUUCAAGAAUAAAAUCAGAUAUUUUGGAUUCAAAAAACUGCAAGAAUACGAGUUGUCAAGAACCUAUAUUCGUGAGAAUGAUUAUGUCAACACCGAAUCUUUUGAAUUGGAUGUUUUUGAAGAGUUUGCGAUAUCCCACAAGCUUGAUAUCAAAGGGUUUAGUAUGUUCAGAUGCAUGUAUGAUAUGGAUGAACAAGAUGAUUAUUUACUCGGAAUAAUCAAUAAAAAACGGGUAAAGAACAAGCAGGUUUUUAUUCCUCCCGAAAUAUUUGAAAUUUGCAUCUCGUUCCUUGAAAAAGAAUGGUAUUUUUUAUCCAAAAGAAUCCCUAGAAACAUCGACGGAGAAAAUGAAUUGGCUUUGAAAUAUGAGAAAGCCAAAGAAUUUGCAAACUUAUUUGGUUCGGAUGAUGGGAUUGGAAUGGCACCAGAAAAUGACCAGCCUUGUGCAGUAUGUAACGAUAGCGACUGUGAUAACCAAAAUGCCAUUGUAUUUUGUGAUGGGUGUAAUAUUGCGGUGCAUCAAGAAUGUUAUGGGGUGGUCUUUAUUCCUGAAGGUCAAUGGUUAUGCCGAAGAUGUAUGAAUUUGAAGAGAAGGAAAAUCCUGUGUGAGUUCUGUCCUUCACUUACCGGGGCUUUUAAACAAACAGAUUCUGGCUCGUGGUCGCAUCUUUUAUGCGGCUUAUGGAUUCCAGAAUUAGGAUUGAAAAGCAAUAUCUAUAUGGAAACCAUUGAUGGGAUUGAAAAAAUUCCCAAGAGUCGGUGGAAAUUGGUGUGUUAUAUAUGCAAACAAAAGAUGGGGGCGUGUAUUCAAUGUGCCAACAAGAAUUGUUUUCAGGCAUUUCAUGUCACUUGUGCUAAACGUGCUGGUCUAUAUUUGAAAAUGCACGGUGGAAUCCAGGGGGUACUUCAUGAUAAAAUGAAUUUGACGGCAUUUUGCGAUAAGCAUUUACCUAAUGAUUAUCAUCAUUCGACCCAGGUGAAAGAAGGGAUUGAUAAGACCCGGUCGUAUUUCUCUAUGCUCAACCAUCAUGAAAAUGAUGGACCAAAAUACAAGACGUUUGGUGAUGGUAUCAGUUAUUUUGAACAUGCCAAUAUGAUGCGGAAAAAAUCGUCUCGAACCGUUGUCUCGGCGGUGAAGGCGUUGAAGGAUAAUAAUCAUAAAAUCUUGCGUUGGCAAUCACGUAAGGGUACCCCUAUUGCCCCUCAACUAUUUCUUGAUAAAUUGAUGAAGUUGCUAAUUUUUUUGAAAGUGGAGGAUGGGGCGGUUGACAAGUUGGCGCAAACUAUUUGCAAGUAUUGGGCGUUGAAACGUGAAUGGAAAACCAGUCCGUUAAUCAAAACUCUUGAUGUUUAUAAUUUAUCGAGUGUUGAGAGUUCGAGCGAGGCGAUUAAAAAAAUCAAGAUGGGGAAUGUCAUGAAUAAUGAUAUUCAUAAGUUAAUCGAUAUUUCUGAGGAUAUUAUUACUCGGCAAAAGUUGCUUUUGGAAGGAUACACCAAGGAUAUUGAAAAUAUUGAGAAAAUUAGUUUUCCAGUAUGUGGUUUGAUUAAGCCGAUUCUCGCCAAAGUUAUUAGGUUAGACUCGGAAGAUCUUUUGAGGCAAUAUGAGCCAUCGGUGGUGAAGGAUGGGAAAGUUGUCAAAAAUGUGGACAUUUUGAGUUUGGAUCGAAUUGUUGAUAAAUUAGGGAAAUCGGGGUACACCAAAUGUGUAGCGGAAUUCAACAAUGAUCUAAAAUUGUUGUUUAAGAAUGUGGAACAAUCGCAAGAAAAAAGGGAGAGUGUGAAGGCAUUACAACAAAUACUCCGGCACCAAUUCAUUGAUCAAGUUUAUCCUGAGUUGGAUAGAGUUAAAAAAUUGGAAUAUGAAAUCUUCGAAAAAAACCGGGGUAAAGGAGGGUAUGAAUCGGUGCUUAAUGACCUAGAACUUGAUGACGUUGCUAAGGACUAA